AUGCCGUCAUAUGAGACGAACUCGAUUGCACUUGCAACCUUCAAUGAUAUUCUUUCACGAUACGAAACCUACGUGCCUUCAAAAUUACUUGAGCUCGAUCGCUUCCGCUAUAGCACGCUACCACAAGCUCUCACACACCGGCCAGACCGCAGACUCGAUCCCAGCGAGGUAGUGCAGCUUGUCGAAUGGAAGCUCAAACAUGGUACCUUCCGUCCAAAGCUAUUGAAUCUUGUUCGUGGCAAUAGUGACGAGGCUAUUGAGAGGACCACGAAGGAGGCAUUCGCCCAUCUCGAUCUCGAAAGCGAAGAUGUAAGCGUUACUAAAGCGCUGGCCAUUGUAACAAGGCUGUCCGGUGUUGGGCCGGCGACUGGAAGUCUUCUGUUAAGCAUAUACCGGCCAGAUGCUAUACCUUUCUUUUCUGACGAGCUCUUUCGAUGGUGUUUAUGGGAUAAGCCUGGUAAAGCGGGUACACGCGGCUGGCAGCGAAAGAUUGACUAUAACGCAAAGCAUUAUGAGAUGCUGGUUCAAGAAUUCGACUUGCUAAAGAAGAGGCUGAAUGUCAGUGCCCUGGACGCGGAAAGGGUUGCCUGGGUAUUGGGAAAAGAACAAGUGGAUAUUGAUGCUGAAGGUCAAGAGGAAGAUGUGGAUGCUGUGGACCAGUCGGCCGGCGAUAACGAAGACAAGCAGGAAGAAGACACCCCAACCGACGGUCUAAAGAGUAAAAAACGCAAAGCUGAAAUUAGUGAGGAGCUCAACGAACUGCCCAGGGGUGCCACAAGGAAAAGCAGUCGCAGAAAACUCAAAAGCUAA